GGCAGUACAUAUGGCUUAUAGUCAGAACAAAACAGGAAGACCCAACAGAACUGCUCUUUAUUCUCCUCUGGUCUUCUCUCUUCUUUAGACUCAACAGAGCCUCAAGGGUACAGUGAGCCACAGAAGGGACGCCACACAGUGAUACCUUCUGCUCCGUCUGAUUUUCAAGAAACACCUUCCACUGUGCUGAGGCUGGGAGACCGGUUUUCUACCAGGUUACCCCUUUACCUUCUUUCUACAAGCUGAGUCCCCACCAGUACCUUGAGGAUGAUCUCUUCUGCCUGUGAACACCUGAGUCUAGGUGAAGGGGAGAAACAAAUCAAAAGAGAACUACCAAAGAAAGAGCUCUGAAGAGAAAGGAAGGCAGACAUUGGACAUAGUCUGUCAGGAGUGAAUGUUCACCUGUGAAGUAUGGUGACCUGAGGAGUCUCCGCUUCUUCCCUAAGCACACACAGGGCACUCUACCCAGCAAAGCCUCCAGUGACUGCAACCAUCUGAAGAUGAGUGAUCAGAGAGGAGGCUGUCAAUGCCUGCUCCCCUACUGUGGUGCCUUCUGGUUGUACCUCUCCUCUCUCCUUUGCUUGGUCUACACUUGAAUCCAAGCACAAGGACAACAGGUGCAAUUCACGAAGAUACAAUUCACCAGUGCCCAAGAGCUGCUCAGUGCUGUGUUCUCUGCCUUCUUGAUGAGAAAGCUUUUUUUUUUGCCUCAGUAUUUCUUUGUCCAGAAACAUGUUUAACGCUCAUGUGGAAUUCUUGAUGUUGUUGUAGCUACUGAAGGCUGACUCUUGCUCAGGAAUUAAGGAUCAGUCCACAGACUCAACUCUUGGCCAAACAUGUAUGGCUUGAGUUUAUCCAAAGUCCAAACAAAUCAGAUACUCCUUCUGGACAUAAGUCAAAUUCUUUCCUUUGGUCAGGGAUUAAGAAUCAUGCUCCAUGAAGCAAGGGACAGGCAGAAGUUCUUCAGUGACAUUCAGUAUCUACGGGACAUGCAGCAUAAAGUGGACUUCGAGUAUCAGGCUUGUUUGAGACAACAGGAAAAUAGAAGAGACCCAAAUGAGAAGAAACAAGAUCAGUUUUGGGACCAAGAGACAGGUUCUGAGAGAUCCUUGUUUUCAAGCAAGGCAUCUUCCAAACAGAGUUCUGGUGAGGAAGAGUCUCUAACUGAACCAAGACCAUCAACCAGGAAAUCUGGGAUUAAGGGUGAUUCCAAACUUCCAGCAAUUGACCAAACACCAGUCAAGCAAAAACAUAAAAGUACUAUGACUCCAAGGAAACCAGAACAAGUGGGCUCCAGAAAAACCUCUCCAGCAGAAGCACCAAAAAUUUUAUCAAGAAAGGGGAAACCAAACCUGGGGAGAUUGAGCCCGGAAAUGCACAGUUCAAGAGCAGCUGAGGACAGAAGUAGACAGAAGUGGCAGCCACCAGCAAUGGCACCGACUCUCUGGGGAUCAGAUCCAGCAGUUCAUCAAGAAGACUCGAUAUGGACAGGCAAAACGAAGCUGAAGAGGACAACGCAAGAGAAAAGAAAUUUCAUCUCAUCCUCACAGCUGAUGAGGACAGCUGAGAACCCCGCUGAAGGAACCCGACAAGGAGACCCAAAUGCUCUUUCCCUGAAUGAGCCACAUUCAGCCCUGUCUCAGACCUUCCAAAGAAUGAGGAGUCCUCAAGUGCUCAGUGGAUCCUUGGGGCCACCACUCACAUCCACCUCCAUGGGAGGGCCAAGAAGGACACCAUUUAGGUUCCAAGAGGAAGAAUUUUAUUCCAUGUUAUCACUGAAUAAUGAAGAAGAAACCUACACAGAAGAAGAAAUUCUGUUGGUUAGUAUGCAGUCUCCCUGUUCUCCUUCCAAUUAUAAACCAAGUAAAUUUCUUGGGACAUCUGCCACUCGGGCCAAAAAUAAAAAUUUUGAAGAAAAUGCUGAACAUUACAGAGGUAGUUCUUUAAGAAGCAAGCCCAAUCAGGGCUCAUUAAGAAUAAGCAAUACAAUGGCGCCAGUGACAAAGCAGUUUGUCAGUCAAAGGAUGUUCCAAGAGCCCAGGCUGCCUGAUGGAGAGUCUACUGAAGAAAACAACAGUAGUGACAAUGGAAACGAGAAAAAGACCUUUGAUUCAUGUAACACCAAAUCUGAUUCCAGCCCAGACAAUGAUCUCAAUGCUGAAAAUGAAUCUAGUGAUUGGAUUUCUAUGAAUGAUGGGCCUGGUAUCUGUAACUAUGAAAGAGAUUGCCAAGACUACUUAAAUGGUUCUAGAAAUUUUCUAAAUUACUUAAUUUCUGAUAGACCAAGAUCAUCAAUGAAUUCACCUUAUAAUGCUCUUGGAUCAUUAAUGCAUAUUGCUCUGAGUGAUCAUGUCCCAACAGACUUGUCAAUGCCAUCUACUUUGGGUCACACUUUAGACCCAAGGUUCAGUGAUGCCCAGCAACUGCCUCCUGUUAGAGGUAGGAGUCCAUUUGCCAGUACUGAAAACCACAAUCAUUUUCCAGGAAACAGUGCACACGAAUUUGGUGUCAGGAGAGCAGAGGGCAUUACUCCACCAAGUCAGCCUCAGGGAGCUCCAUUAUAUGCAGAGCUCUUACUAAAUCCUCAAGGCAGCAGGUCCUUGGUGGAUUCUCCUUGCUCAUCUCUACCCAGAAGAAACUUACAAGAUCACUGGCACGCGCUUGGGUCCCUGCAAGAAAAUGUACCUUUCACUUUCUUAGUAUUAUCUGAAUUCCCAAAUCAAAAUAAUACAGACCACCCAUCUGUCUCUGGUUUCACAAAUGGAAAGGGCGCCACUGAGAAAAAGGCAGACCCUGAGAAACUCAAAAAUUUGCGAGAAAGUCUCCUGGAGGAGGACUCAGAGGAGGAGGGAGACUUGUGUCGAAUCUGUCAGAUGGCUGGGGGUUCCCCAACCAUCUCCCUCCUGGAGCCUUGCAGCUGUGUGGGAAGCCUGCGAUUUGUUCACCAAAAGUGCCUGAAAAAGUGGCUGAAAGUGAAGAUAACAUCAGGAGCAGAUCUAAAUGCUGUGAAGAUCUGUGAGAUGUGUAAGCAAGACCUGCUGGUCAACCCGGAUGAGUUUAACAUGACAGAGUUCUACCAAAAGCACCAGCAAUCAUGGGCACAAAAUGAGCUGAUGAAUUCAGGCUUGUACCUGAUGCUGCUGCUUCGCCUGUAUGAACAGAGAUUUGCAGAACUCAUGAGCCUCAACUAUAGGUGGAUCGUGAGAGAAAGGUUGUCAAGAAAUUACUCACAACCCAGACCCGAAGAAAAUGAAAGUAUUUGGGGAUCAGUCCUGCCUUUUUGA